GCUCCGCUAUGGGAAGGCGGGAGAGGGGGCUGCGGUGAAGCCUGUGGACCUCCCUCCCCCGGGAGGCAGGAAGGGGGGGCCAAGCCGGGCCGGGCGGAAGAGAGGGGGAAGGGGGCCCUGGCCAGGUCCAGCUGCCCUUUGGGGGGCGAAGAGAUGCUGGCGGGUCAGGGAUGGAGCCCAGAGGGAUCUCCAGCCAUUGGCCCCUCGCAAGAGAUGUACCUUUUUAUGCAAGUCAGGGUUGAACUGAAAUACUUAGGCCCAGAAAUGAACUGGCAACCAAUGCAGGUAUUUUUUAAAAAAGAAUUACAUGUAUUCCAAAGCAUUUUUGUGGGUCUUCAAUGAGGAGGGGUAGAUGCCACCUGUCGGGCUUCAGGGAAUCCGAUCCCUCCAAAGUGGCCAACCGAGAAGUAGAUAACAAGAGGAGUUGCUACCGAGUCCUUUAUUCAAUAUUUACAGAGAGAGAUUGUGAAAAGCGCCUCUCCAUUGCAGUAAUGGUGUUAUUCUGAGCAAAGUCCCACCCCAUGCAACCGCUGCAUUUGGGGCCAGUUUCCGAGCCGUCUUCCAGGGCAAACAUCCCAUCGGAUCCAGAGCAGGAAAUCCCAUGGCCACAUCCUCUCUAUGCCAAGGGACGGUGGCUGGAGCUAGACCUGGGCCCUCCUGGUCACCAAGGCCACCCAAACAGAUAUGGCUGGGUUGGGGUGAAGCUCUGGAACUAUGAAGUGGGGUUGGGAGGGACCCCCACUAUUGCCUUCGGUAAAAAUUACACUUGAUACAAAUGACUCACUUGUCAUUUACAGUUAUUGCUUCUUCCUUCUCCUCAGUCCUUUUUUGCAGUUUUGCAGACAGCUUGGAGUCUGAGCUGUGGUGCAAUCCAGUGCUGUUCCUAGCAAGACUCAUCCACGCUUCCUCAGGGAACAUUCCUCUUCUCUUGGCUGCGUAUUAGUCUUAUAAUAGAAGAAUGUGUUUGUAGGAUUUGUUGCACCUCGCAUUAGGACCCACUGAACUUGGCAGAGGACCAAGGGGCUCCUUCCGAUCUCUUGGAGACUUCCCAGGAGCACAGAUGGAUGAGCAAGACUCAGCUGGCCCUGAAGCAGGAAGAGGCCAUGCCCUGGAAACUCAGAGCAGUGGGAGAAACUCCAUGCAGAAGAUUCUGAGUGAGGAGGACACCCUCUACUCAGCUGUGCAGAGCCAGCUGUUCAGGCAGUUCUGCUACCAGGAGGCCAAAGGACCCCGAGAGGUUUGCAGUCAACUCUACCACUUUGUCCAUCAAUGGCUGAGGCCAGAAAGGCACACGAAAGCUGAGAUGCUGGACCUGCUGAUCUUGGAGCAGUUCCUGGCUGUCCUUCCUCCAGAGAUGGAGAGCUGGGUGAGGGAAUGUAGAGUGGAGACCAGUUCCCAGGCAGUGGCCCUGGCCGAAGGAUUCCUCCUGAGUCAGGCAGAGGAGAGAAAGCAGGCAGAGCAGCAGGGGAAGGAUCUUGAUUCUUCUGAGGAAGAGAAGACUCUGUUGGACACCAGAGUGAGGCCUCUGGGUGACAUAAUGAUGCCACCAAGACCUGCUCCUUCAUCUUUUCAUGGUGGUGGAGGGGAGGCAGCGGCUGUGGACCCAGAUCAGGGUCCGGUGUGCUUUGAAGAUGUAGCUUUGCAUUUCACUGAUGAGGAGUGGGCGUUGCUGGAUCCUGACCAGAGAGCUCUGCACCAGGAGGUCAUGGAGGAGAAUCGUGGGAUGUUGGACUCUCUCGUUUCAGGUAGUGAUGAAUUGGAAGUGAAGAACAAGAGAGACCACAAGGAAAUCCACGCAGUGCAGGAGCCAUAUCAGGAUUCAGACUGUGGAGAGAGCUUUAGUCAGAGCUCCCAUUCCUCUUACCAUCAAAGAAAUUGCCUUGAGAAGAAACCCUAUCAGUGCUUGGUGUGUGGAAAGAGUUUCCCCUGGAAACAAACUUUAGUUUCCCAUCAAAGAGUUCAUACUGGGGAGAAACCCUAUCAGUGCUUGGAGUGUGGAAAGAGCUUCACCUGGAAACAGACUUUAGCUUCCCAUCAAAGAGUUCAUACAGGGGAGAAACUCUAUCAGUGCUUGGAAUGUGGAAAGAGCUUCACUCGAAAGGAUAGUUUCACUUCCCAUCGAAUAACUCAUACAGGGGAGAAACCCUAUCACUGCUUGGAAUGUGGAAAGAGCUUCAGUCGAAAGGACAGUUUCACUUCCCAUCAAAUAAUUCAUACUGGGGAGAAACCCUAUCAAUGCUUGGAGUGUGGAAAGAGCUUCAGUCAAAAGGGCAGUUUUACUGCCCAUCAAAGAAUUCAUACAGGGGAGAAACCCUAUCAGUGCUUGGAAUGUGAAAAGAGCUUCCGUCAAAAGGGCAGUUUCACUGCUCAUCAAAGAAUUCAUACAGGGGAGAAACCCUUUCAGUGUGUGGAAUGUGGAAAGAGCUUCACCAGGAAAGUAAGUUUCACUUCCCAUCAAAGAAUUCAUACAGGAGAGAAACCAUAUCAGUGCCAAGAGUGUGGAAAGAGCUUCAGUCACAGCUCCCAUCUCGCUUCCCAUCGAAGAAUUCAUACAGGGGAGAAACCCUAUCGAUGCUUGGAAUGUGGAAAGAGCUUCAGUCGAAAGGACAGUUUCACUUCCCAUCAAAGAAUUCAUACAGGGGAGAAACCUUAUCAGUGUUUGGAGUGUGGAAAGGGCUUCAUUGAGAGCUCCAGUCUCACUGCUCAUCAAAGAAUUCAUACAGGGGGAAAACCCUAUCAGUGCUUGGAGUGUGGAAAGAGCUUCACCUGGAGACAGAGUUUUGCUUCCCAUCGAAGAAUUCAUACAGGGGGAAAACCCUAUCAGUGUUUGGAGUGUGGAAAGAGCUUUGCCUGGAGACAGAGUUUUGCUCUCCAUCAAAGAAUUCAUAUAGGGGGGAAACCCUAUCAAUGCUUAGAAUGUGGAAAGAACUUCAGAAGGAACUCCCAUCUCACUGCCCAUCAAAGAAUUCAUACAGGGGAGAAACCCUAUCAGUGCUUGGAAUGUGAAAAGAGCUUCAGUCGAAAGGACAGUUUCACUUCCCAUCAAAAAAUCCAUGCAGGGGAGAAACCCUAUCAGUGCUAGGAAUGUGGAAACAGCUUCAGUCAAAAAGGAAACCUCACUUUCAUCAAAAAAUACAUACAGGGGAGGAAUCAUGUCAGUGCCAAUGGUGUGAUUGGAGGGAUUUAUGAAAGUCUGGUCUCAUUUUUAAAGCUCUUUUAAAAACAAUUGUAGCUCUUAAAAGGAUUGAAAGCUGGCUGAAAAAACAAAAAUCAGGACAGGUUUGGACAAGUUCAUUUCUCUUUGAAGGAAAAUAUUCCUUCUACUCUGAGACACUUAAAGAGGAUUGGAUUCCUGCAAGACAACUAUUCUUCUCUGGACAUCUAAAUUGCUAGGUCCUCUUGGACAUAUUGUUUCUUUUCUUCUUUUUUAUGGUUCCUCUCUUAAAGUAAUUAUUUGGUUAUUUCGAAUCUUAAUUUGAGAAUUUGGAUUUUAUGUUAAACAGCUUAUGUGUGUUGGGUAUCAGGCUAGAAGGAAGAUGGAGGGGUGGAGAAAUACAGGAAACAGGAACUCUUGGGAAAGAGUUAUUCUGUGGCCUUGACAAACUGAUAAAGUGCUGCUGGAAAAGGGAGAGUGAGAUUUAGACUAUGGCAGUUUCAAAGACAGUUAACACCAGGCUUGUGUUAAAUUUGGAGAAACUUUUAGCCCGAAUUGAUAGAAAUACUGAAAUGGUGACAAAUUUGACCACUAAAGUAGAGACACUGACAAAGAAAGCAGAAGCACUAGAUCAGGCAUCCCCAAAUUCAGCCCUCCAGCUGUUUUAGGACUACAAUUCCCAUCAUCCCUGACUACUGGUCCUGUUAGUUAGGGAUGAUGGGAGUUGUAGUCCCAAAACAGCUGGAGGGCCGAGUUUGGGGAUGCCUGCACGAGAUGUCUCCAUGAAAGGAAGGGAGAAGAAAUCUGAAAAGCUGGGAAAGGAGACAAAAAAAUGGAAAUCAGAACAGGAGACGCUUAGGAUUGAUGUGGAUGGUUUGGGUGGAAGGCAUUUGAUGGUUUGAGCAGAGUGGCUGGAUGUUGAAGAGGAAUUCAUGGAGGCGCCACCCUCUUCACAGCCGGGGGUUGUGGCUUUUUGGUAGAAAACCAAUGUGAAUCGAUCCCCCCCAGUGCCACUCCUGGGCUGGUUUUUCUGUCUUCAUAGGCUUCUCUGCCUAUGCCCCCGACCCGCCCAGGAGAAUCUAAUGCAUCUUUGGUUGGGAGUGUCCAGCAAGGAGAUGGGAGAUCAUAGAAUCAUAGAGUUUGGAAGAGACGACAAGGGCUAUCCAGUCCAACCCCCUGCCAAGCAGGAAACACCAUCAAAGCAUUCUUGACAUGUGCCUGUCAAGCCUCUGCUUAAAGACCUCCAAAGAAGGAGACUCCACCACACUCCUUGGUAGCAAAUUCCACUGCUGAACAUCUCUUACUGUCAGGAAGUUCUUCCUAAUGUUUAGGUGGAAUCUUCUUUCUUGUGGUUUGAAUCCAUUGCGCCGUGUCCGCUUCUCUGGAGCAGCAGAAAACAACCUUUCUCCCUCCUCUAUAUGACAUCCUUUUAUAUAUUUGAACAUGGCUAUCAUAUCACCCCUUAACCUUCUCUUCUCCAGGCUAAACAUGCCCAGCUCCCUAAGCCGUUCCUCAUAAGGCAUCGUUUCCAGGCCUUUGACCAUUUUGGUUGCCGUCUUCUGGACACGUUCCAGCUUGUCAGUAUCCUUCUUGAACUGUGGUGCCCAGAACUGGACACAGUACUGCAGGUGAGGUCUGACCAGAACAGAAUACAGUGGUACUAUUACUUCCCUUGAUCUAGAUGCUAUACUCCUAUUGAUGCAGCCCAGAAUUGCAUUGGCUUUUUUAGCUGCUGCAUCACACUGUUGACUCAUGUCAAGUUUGUGGUCUACCGAGACUCCUAGAUCCUUUUCACAUGUACUGCUCUCAAGCCAGGUAUCUCCCAUCCUGUAUUUGUGCCUUUCAUUUUUUUUGCCCAAGUGUAGUACUUUACAUUUCUCCCUGUUAAAAUUCAUCUUGUUUGCUUUGGCCCAGUUGUCUAAUCUGUUAAGGUCAUUUUGAAGUGUGAUCCUGUCCUCUGGGGUAUUAGCCACCCCUCCCAAUUUGGUGCCAUCUGCAAACUUGAUCAGGAUGCCCUCAAGCCCAUCAUCCAAGUCAUUGAUAAAGAUGUUGAAUAAGACUGGGCCCAAGACAGAACCCUGUGGUACCCCACUAGUCACUAUUCUCCAGGAUGAGGAGGAGCCAUUGAUGAGCACCCUUUGGGUUCAGUCAGCCAGCCUGUUACAAAUCCACUGAAUGGUAGCAUUGUCUAGCCUGCAUUUUACCAGCUUCUCUACAAGAAUAGUUGUCAGUAGAUGGUUGCCAGUCAAAGGGUAGUUUAAGACGCAGGUAAAAAGAGCUCCUUGUGAAAGUGAGGGCAGUUUCAGGGGAAAUUUCCAGCCCUGGCAUUGGGAGCCAGAAGAGGAAUACUGGAAGAGGAAGAGGACACUCCAGGCUCAUCUAGUCCAACCCCUGCAAUUCAGGAACCCCGGUACUUAGUCCCACCAGCUCCCUUGAACUGGGCAACUCAGAUGCCUAAAGCAGCGCCCCGUUGGAGAGAAGCCUUUGGUAGCCUCUGGAGCUGGCCAGACCUUUUGGACGGCUGUUUCCAUCCCCCCUGCCUUCUGCUUGCAGGCCCGGUUGGGAGUUGUAGUCCAAAGCAGAUUGAGGGGUCCUGGUCCUGGAAGGCCUGCUGAAGCCAUUGUGCUGUGCCCCUAGCCUGGGAAGGCCUCCUGGGCCAGCCCCCCCACCCCCCAAUCUAGGACCUGUGUGUUUCUGUGGCUCUUGUGAGUCCGAGACCCUGGAGUUGAAGGGACCCCAAGGGUCAUCUAGCCCCCCCUGCAAUGCAGGAAUGGCAGCUGCAAUGUUCCCUUGUGGUGUCUGGAUUCCCUUGGAUGUUUCAGGUGGUUUUCAAAUUGGAACUAACUUUUGGCACAAAAUGGGGGGGGGCCUCUUUUCAGUGCCAGGAUCCAGGGUGCUCUCAUGACCUGGGAGCCAAUCCUUCACCACUCCCAAUAAAAUGGGUCUUCCCCUCAUCUCCUUGCAGGACCCCUUGCCUUCCUCUUUGCUCAGAGUCAGAACCAACUCUCUCUCAAGGGACCCUGGAGCCAAACACUUCCAGAAUUUUCUCUUUCUUCUCCCACUCCUCAGCAUUGCCUUCAUGGGGAGGGGGCGUUGCCAGCAGUCCCCAACUUUACUUGAAUUUGGAAGGGGUCUGAGAUAGGAACAAGGGCUAAAUUGUGACUCGCACCCACCCACCGACCCUCUGCCUUGAUUUCAAACAGUCAUGAAUUUGUCCCAGACCCACAAAUGUAAGCUUUCUCCACAGUUCCCCCCCAAGGGAGGCCACUUUCAGGUGUGUCAGUGAGGGAGGGGGUAGAGGGACCACGUUCAGGUGUUUACAUGCCAGGAAGGGGCAGGGGGGGGGGCGUCCUCUAGCUUCUCAAGCAAAGGGUGGGAAAGAAUACUUUCUUAUUGCUCUUGAGAUGUUCAGAAAUCUCUUGUCCUAAUUUUUAACAACAGAGGCCUGCUUUGAUGGGCUUGCUUUUUUCCCUUGCCACUAAAAAAUCCCAGUUAACUGACACUUUGCCGAUUGUUAUCUUUAAUGACUUAUUUUUUAAGUUAAAGAUGUUAUUUUUGAGACACUGUGCUUACUGCUGCUUUUUUCUAUUCUGGUUUUGAAUAAAAAUUAAUCUGUGGUCUUUUCCUGUUGCUUGAUAUACAAUGGAUGCAUAUUUAUGUAUUUAUUUACUCAUGGCUUAUAUGCCCAUGGAACAUAUGAUAUUUAUUGCUGAAAUAUAGACACAAAACAACAUAUGCUAAAACAAAAGAAGUGCCAGGGUCAGAUCACUUCCUGGUGCA